UUCUAACACAUUCCUCAUUGCGGCAAGCAAAAUGCUCCGACUCGACGGCAAAAUAGCCCUAAUCACCGGCCUCGGCCAAACCACCGACGAAGGCUGGGGUAUCGGCGCCGCCAUCGCCAUGAAGCUUGCGCAGCAAGGCGCAAUCAUCUUCGGUGGCAAUCGCUCAUUAUCCAGCGCGGAGAGAACGAAAUCCCGAAUCGAAGCCGAGGGUGGUGUAUGCCAUGUUCAACAAACCGAUGUCACUGAUUCGGCGUCCGUCAAGGCCUUGGUUGAUAGCUGCAUGCAACACCACGGGCGCAUUGACAUUUUGAUCAACAACGUCGGCAAAUCCGAGCCUGGUUGUCCUGCCCAGAUGAGCGAGGAGACCUGGGACCAACAAGUCGAUCUGAACCUCAAAAGCGUCUAUCUGUCGAGUCACUUUGUGCUUCCGAUCAUGGAGAAGCAGGAGACAGGGGGCACGGUGAUUAACGUGUCGAGUAUUGCGGGGUUGCGCUAUAUUGGGAAGCCCCAAGUGGCAUACUCUACUACUAAAGCUGCGAUCAUGCAGUUCACCAAGUCGACUGCGGUGAUAUAUGCGGGGAAGGGAGUGCGGUUGAAUACAGUGGUCCCGGGAUUGAUCUUUACGCCGUAUACGCGAGAGCUUGCGAAGCGGUAUGCCCCAGGUGGUGAUGAGGAAGCGUAUAUGAAGAUGCGGGAUGACCAGGUGCCGAUGGGACGGAUGGGGGAUGCUUGGGAUGUGGCCAAUGCUACACUGUUUCUGGCAUCAGAUGAAGCGCGGUAUAUCACUGGACAGAUGCUUGUGGUGGAUGGCGGGAUUACGUCGUCGACGGGGAGGGUAUGA